UGAAAACAUGGAGAGCAUAAAUGAUAAGACUUUGACAGAUACGCCGAUACGACGGGGUGAAGGUGAGAAAGAGUAUGGUGAGAUGGCGAGAAGUGGUCAGGCGUCUGGUGUGAAAAAUGAGGGUUCUCGGAGUUCUGGUUCUCGAGAUACAUGCGAUCUGGAAGAAGAAGAUAUCAGUAUAAAAGCAUUUAUAAAGAGUCCAUCACGCAAGGAGCGCAACGCCGAUGAACGGCGGAGGCGAAUCACCAAGUACAAUACGACCAUUCUCAAGGAGCUGAGAGAAGAGAGGCGGAAACGGCGUGAAGAGCGACUUUCUCAGUUUGACGACGACGAGUUGGAGAUGAACGAGAUUAACUCCUCGGACGUGGGUAGCGUGGACUCAGACAGUCCACGGAAGAAGAAGCGGGUGAGUUUUGUGGGCGUGUUGUGAGUGGAAAAUAAGAAGAAAAGAUAAUAGUAUAGAAGAGUACUAAGAAAGUGUGAGGUGGUAAUAGAAGAGUCCAAGAGGAAUAGAAGAGUCCAGCACGAAAAGAAGAGUCCAACACCAAAAGAAGAAUGAAACUCAAUAAGAAACAAGUCCACACCGCACCCAACCCUACAGUCUUUCAUAAUCUAAUAUAAAUGUAUAUCUAUAAUACAUGCUAUAGUACAAGCAGCUUACCCUUCCUAAAGCUCGAGUGACGAAAUCAACGUAAUGUUAUCACCCUUGAGCAUUAUCCUCCCAAGGUCUUCCUUACUUCCAUCCUUGGUCGAAACCUCAAUCGCAUCGUCCAAAACAAUAUUCAUAAACUCAUCAAACCCACGGAUUUUGCCCUCGAUCCGCGAUUGUGUCUGCUCGUAUAACCACACCGACACCGUCAACCGCUGCUGCAAGCACGUGAAGAUGGUGUGGAUGGGCGUAUGCAUGGCCCUGUUGGAUCCUCUUUCUCUGCCCGACAUGUUCGAU